UCCAUUUAAAGCAAUGUGAAGGUCGUGACUUAUACGGUUUUCGUCAACUGUAAAAGUAAAUACGGGCAGCAUAUUUGCAUCAAAUAAAUCUAGACAUGGACAAUGGAAUCAGUUCUAAGAUCGGUAAUGGUCCGACUCCCGAGAAACGACAGAAGAUUGAAAAUGGAACGGGAUCUGGGCAUUCAUCCGUACAGUAUCAUGGGUAUCUAGACGAAAAACAGGAUUUUGAUGGCAGCUUUAGUUUAAUUUUUACAUUGCCAGAGAAAGUCGGAGCGCUUUGUGGAGCAUUGCGAAUAUUCGAGAAACACAGUGUGAACUUACAUCAUAUAGAAUCUCGUCCCUCCAAACAAGACAAGGCGUUGUACGCAUUUUUCGUGUCAUGUGACAACAAAACCGGAGGACUCAAAGAAGCCAUACAAGAACUUAAGGAGAAAUCUACAACAUUUAGUAUUUUGUCCAGAGAUUCUGAUAAAGAUGCUAUUCCAUGGUUUCCACGAAAGAUUGUUGAGCUGGAUCGGUUUGCAAACCAGAUUUUAAGCUACGGAUCAGAAUUGGAUUCAGACCAUCCUGGAUUUACUGACAAAAUUUACAGAGCAAGACGAAAAGAGUUUGCAGACAUAGCAUUUAAUUACAAACAUGGUCAAGAAAUACCAAGGGUUACCUACACACCGGCCGAAAUCAAAACAUGGGGAACAAUCUUCCGAGAAUUAACAAAGCUAUACCCAACACAUGCUUGUCGUGAAUUUAACCACAUCUUCCCUCUGUUGUGUGAUAACUGUGGUUUUAAAGAAGACAAUCUACCGCAAUUACAAGAUAUUUCAAACUUUUUACAAGAUUGCACAGGGUUCAGAUUACGGCCUGUUGCUGGGUUACUUUCAUCACGUGAUUUCCUUGCUGGUCUUGCGUUCAGAGUAUUUCAUUCUACACAAUACAUCAGACAUGGAUCAAAACCAAUGUACACACCAGAACCAGAUAUAUGCCAUGAAGUCCUUGGACAUGUGCCUUUAUUUGCUGAUCCAUCAUUUGCACAGUUCUCACAAGAAAUUGGAUUGGCAAGUCUUGGUGCACCAGAUGAAUACAUUCAAAAAUUGGCUACGUGUUACUGGUUUACGGUUGAGUUUGGAUUAUGUCGACAAAACGGUGAAAUAAAAGCUUAUGGUGCUGGACUGUUGUCGUCGUUUGGUGAAUUACAGUACUGUGUAAGUGACAAGCCUGAAACAAGACCAUUUGAUCCAGCAAAGACAGCUGAACAACAGUAUCCUAUCACAGAGUUCCAACCAAUCUAUUAUGUAGCUGAUAGCUUUGAUUCGGCAAAGGAGAAAAUGAGGGCAUUUGCAUCGACCAUACCAAGACCGUUCAGUGUCAGAUACAACCCUUACACACUUUGCGUUGAGGUUAUUGACAGUAAAGAUCAGAUAAUCAAUCUUACAAAGACAAUCAAAGGUGAUUUAUCACUUUUGGAGGACGCCCUUUCAAAGUUGGGAAGCAACAAGAAAGAAUAGUUUGUUCUCUGUGACUCAUAUCAUGUGGCAGUAAACAUCUGACCACAGAUCAUACACAUGACAAGAAUUUGAUCUAUAUUGACAACAUAAAAUUCCCUUUUCUUCCGAAACAAUGUAUUGUUUUACAUUGAUCUACAACGGAAAAUAGCUAAUUUAAAAUAUGAUUUUUUUUUUAAAUAUAUGUUACUUUGUUGAUUUUGUUUUAUUUUUGUUUUAUUUUAAUUAUCAGACAUAACGAGAACUUUAACUGUUAUUUAUGUGUAACAUGUUUUACUUACUUUCAUAUGAUGUUACACUUAAAAAUUAUAUAAUUUUGUGAAUAGGCAAGAGUUUUGUCAAGAUAAGAAUUGAUGAUAUUGUUAGAUAAUGCUAUUACAUUUGUGUAUAAUACCUAGAAAUUUUAUUCCAUAAGUUUCAGUUACUGUGAAUUCAUUAGUAUUCGUUGGAUACCAAUUUUCGUUGGUUUCGUGGAAACAGAUGAACCACGAAUUUAAAUGUUCAACGAAUUACAAAUUUUCUUUAGGCUUUGUAUGCAGAGAUUGGCAAAACCACGAAAUCAAAUAUCCACGAAAAUGCAAGUUUUCCUCAAUCCACGAAAAUUGAUACCCACGAAAAUAAAUGAAUCCACAGUAGUCAUGAAAUUUCGCUCUCUCAUACCAGGUACAAUUGUUCUUUGAAAAUAACUGAUUAAAUAUGUUAAUAUAUUUUAAAGUGUGUCGACGUUGUGCUUUAUUUCAAUCUUUUUGAUUACAAGUAUAUGUAGACAGCAUUAAUUAAAUAUAAUGAUUUUGUUUACAACAUUGUUAUCUUCAAAUGUAUUUUUUAUAACGGAAUAGGGCAUAUUACACAAGAGAUUUUUAAAAGUGGGUGUUUUGGGCAUAAGGAAUACAGGAUUUGCUUUUGAAAUACAUAACUUGGUUCAAGUCAUCUAAUAAAAAUUUUGAUAUUAAUAAUUGUACACACAUUAUACAUGUUAUAUUAUAUGUAAAUGCGUGUGAUAUGACAGACUUUUGAGUUACUCCUUACAGUUACACCUUGCAGUUCAAAUUGAUAUUCGUUUAACUUAUUAUAAUCUGUUGUGGCACUUUUUAAUGCCAUUACAAAUUAUAUUGUUAUACAUGCUUUUACUUGUUUUAAUUUGCCAUAAUUUGAUUACAUUUUUAACUAUAAUUUUAUCCUUGCUAAUUGACAUUGAGAAGGAUAUUAUGAAUGCUGAAAACAUAAUUUGAAGAUUUAAAAUAGCUUAGGAUAUAGCUACAAGGACUUAUAAUCAGAUGGUUUGAAAAGAAAGAACACCUAAAUUAACCAGAACCAUUUGUGAAAGUAUGCGUGUAUAUUUGAUAGAAUAAUUUUCCUAAAACCACAAAUGUUACUAGAAAUUGUUAUUUUAUUCAUGUUUGAUGUGUUAUUUGUUGACAAUAAACAGGUGAUAUAUUU